GUCGACGUUCGCCGUUGCUACACUUUCUCUACCGCUGUCAAUUGUUUUUUUUCCUUUUAUUUUCUAAAACCUAACUUCUCCUCUCCCGUUCAGAAACGCCUCGCCUCGCCGGCUGUCGGCGUUACUCGACUCCAUGAAUCAUUUCCUCCUCAUCCUUGCGCUCUUCCGCCGUUUCUUCUCCAAUCCAUGCGCGGAGGAGAGGGAGAGAGUACGAAGAGGCAAUUUUGUUCUGGUGGUCGAUUUUGGUUGCGAGGAUGGCUCAAUCCGUGUGCGUCAUCCUGUUCCUCACCUUCAUCACCGUCGGCAUGAUCCUUGGUACUUUCCUCCAGUUGCUACAAUUCUGGAAUUUGGAAAAGUUAUCUGGCCCUUCUCCCUGGGUGUCCAAUAAACAGUCUGCUUUCCUUCAUCUUGGACUGGUAAAACCUGAAAUUCUCAGUUGGUCACCACGGAUUAUUCUUUUUCGUAAUUUCUUAACCAUGGAGGAAUGUGAUUAUCUUAAAACAAUUGCUGAGCCUCAUCUCCAAGUUUCUCAAGUGCAUGAUACUAAAACAGGGAAGAGAGUUACAACUGAUGGUCGAACAAGUUAUGGUACCUUUCUAACACCUGGACAAACAAAAUUCUCAAUGAUUCAGGCUGUUGAAAAGCGGAUUGCUACCUUCACUCAGGUCCCACAAGAAAAUGCAGAGCUGCUUUAUGUAAUUAGGUACCAACCCACCGAGUAUUAUUUGAUACAUCAUGAUUAUCUGCCGGAAAAUACAAUGGGGAAGGGAGGCCAACGUGUCGCCACGAUGCUUAUGUAUUUAAGUAAUGUGGUAGAAGGGGGCGAAACAUACUUUCCAUUGGCAGGAUCUGGCAACUGCAGCUGUGGUGGUGUGGCUGUGCACGGACUGUGCGUCAAACCAAACAAGGGAGAUGCACUCCUUUUAUGGAACAUGGACCUCAACGGGAAAGUAGACCCAAUGAGUCUUCAUUCAGGCUGCCCAGUUCUUAAAGGGGAGAAGUGGACAGCCACGAGCUGGAUGAGGCAGGGAAGUGCGAGGGGCUUUUGGAAUACCAAGAAAUGGACUUCUGAGGCAUUCAAACGAUCCCAUACGGCAAAUUAGUGCUCACCAUCAUGCAAGUCUUUGCUUAAACUCCAUAUCUGAUGAAAGAUCCACCAUCAGGAGUCAACAAUAGCAACUUUAGUCAUUGCCUGGCCUUCUUCCACUUAAAUAACGGGACAUCACCCAAUAGCUAGGUAACUCGUCUACGCGUAAAAAGAAAGAAAAUGAAGUGUAAUUUGUUUUUUUAUUAUUCAAUAAAUUAUUGAACCAUUUGAUGAUUUAAAGAUGUCAUAUUUU